AGAGGAAAGAACCAGAAAGACAGGAAGGCUGCGUGUGAACCUGCAGCUCAGCAGGGAACUGGGAAUAAUGGGAACCACUUAUGGAAAGAAGAAGGCGUACAGCAUCGACCACGAGCCUCCUACCAAGCAGCAGUACGUGAAAAAUGGAAAGCACCCGCACGGCAAAGCAUCGGCGUAUGCAAACCUGCAGCAGCACCGUCCUGAGGGCAGGAAGCCGUCCCCGGUGUCCGGCUACGUCCCCCAGCCCGACUACCUGGACGGAGACGAGGACGAAGACCUCAUCAAACCCAAGAAACUCGUGAAUCCUGUGAAAGCGUCAAAAAGUCACCAAGAGCUUCACCGAGAGCUGAUGAGCAGCUGCAAACGCGGCGGGUCGAGUACGGUGGAGACGAAGCCAGAGCUGCAGAGAGUUCUGGAGUCGAGGAAACGAGAUCAGAUCAUCAAACAGAGGAAACAGGAAGACGAAGCUCGCAAGAAGAUUUCUCCUCUGGAGGCCGAACUGCAGAAGAGACACAAGAAACUGGAGGAGAUGGAGAAACAACAGGAGAAGGAGCAGGAAGAGAACAUGAAAGCUCCAGAGUUCGUCAAAGUGAAGGAAAACCUGAGACGGACGUCGUUUCAGGGAAAAGACGAGAAAGAGGUGUAGAGACGGAGACGCUGUCCAUCAGAGAAAACACUUUGACACGUGUACAGGUCAAUCAGAGACACACUGUGAGGACUUCUCACUGCACGCUGAGGAGACACUGAGGAGACGCUGAGGAGACGCUGAGGAGACGCUGAGGAGACGCUGAGGAGACGCUGAGGAGACUUUGAGGAGACGCUGAGGACAUGAAUACUCUAAAGACAAUAAGUACUCUGAGGACUCUACGAUGACUCAAACACUCAAAGGACAACCAGAAACACACUGAGAACAUAAAACACUCGAGGGCCUUAGGACACAAUGAGGAUCCUUUAGGGACACACAUGCACUGGAGACACAUUUAGGACUCACUAGGGACAUAAUGAGGACAAAGAACCACAAUGAAGACUAAAAACACAAUAAGGAAACAUUUAUUUCACACUGAGAGCUCAGACUCUAAAAACACAUUGAUGACACUCUGAAGACAAAAACACACUCAUGACAAAACAAUACAAAAAGACACUUUCAGACUGAGGACAAAAACACACAAAAGACUCAAGAAGGACAAAAUGAGGACAUCAAGUGACAAUGUGAGGACACAAUGAGGACUGGAACACUGUAGGGACUCACUGAAGACAAUCUGAGGACACAAACACACUUUAAGGGAACCGAGGUCACCUGAGGACAAUCUGAAGACACAAAGGCAGACCGACGACACGUUGAGGACACUCUGUCCAGAUGCUGACAGCUGCAAAGGACAGCUGUGAUGUUUGUUUUUGUCGCUCGCUCCGAGACUGCAACGCUUAAAGGAAACUUACAUCAAUCAAAUGUUUGAUGAACUUGAAAGAGAAGGAGCAGAAACUGAGGUUUUUAUGUGGACGACAGUUGCCAUGGAAACGAACAACAACUCCUCCAAAGGAAGAGCUCUAAUAACAGAUUGUAAAGUUUUGAUUUAUUGUGAAGGCAUUUCCACUCGUCAAAUGUGUUAUCAGCGUGUUAUGGAGACACGCUGCGUUUUGAUGAUUCCUCAAACGAGCUAAUUUACGAUAUCCUGAGAACACGGUGGAAAUUACAGUAAUUUACUCAUCACGGGAAAACUGACUUAAAACAAAUGUUUUGAUGCACAAUAGCUUCGACCUUCUGUAGAUUUGAAUCUCAAGAAUUUAACUUUUUUCGAAGCACCAUUAGAUUAAUAUUAAGACUUGAAAAAGUAAGUGUGAGAGCAGCCAUCAUGAUUAUGACUUUCUUAUUUUUUAUACUUUAUUGUGUUUCAUUUAAAGGUCACAUAUUCUGUAAAAUCCUCUUCCCCAUGUUCCUC